UUGAAUGGCAGAUGGCGGAACAACAACAGGAGUAAGCAAAUCAAAGGUUGGCACACCCUGGAAUUCAUAAAUAAAAUUUAAGAGCUUACAAACAAAAAAAAAAAGGUUUGCAAACCAACAAACAGGCAAAUUUAACAUCAGUAAAAUUCAGGCAUUUAAUGGACAACGAUAAAUGUUAGUUUAAGCAAUCUAAAGAGAAGCGUGCCUUUUUUUUUUGGAUAAACUAAAGGGAUAUUUUUGUACCUAAUCCAGAUAUGUCAGUUAUCCAUAUGCAAAUUAAAGUUUUCAUUAUAAUUUGCCAUAUACGAGUACCUGUUUAGUUUAUUUGCGCCUGUAUACUAUUUACAUGCAUGCGACAAAGUUGAUUAAAUGCAAAGUGGCAAACAGAAUUUCAUUCCCAUUUUUUCAUCCUCAACCUGUCGUUGAAAAAUAUUGAAAAACUUAAGGGGAAAACAGAAAAAAAACCAAAAUGAACUGGGGGAUACGCAAACACGAAUACAUUGUGAAAAACUCUGAGCGAGAAAUAGCUGAUUCAUUACAUUAUAUGCAAAUAGUUUUAAAGAGGUAUUUAUAAUUGUAAAAUAAUUUUCGGAAAUUUUAUUUACAGUAUUUAAGUGUAUUUUUGAAUAUUCUAAAAUCUUUGUUGCCAGUGCAAGCGGUCAGCAGCACAUAUUGCAAAAGUUAUGAACAGGAAAUGAAACGGAAGCUGACAAUAUUCUCCAACGACGAUGAAAUGCAGGUGAUUCAGCUAGACCAUUUCCAUUGCAAGCACUUUUCGACCAACUGUGGAUUUGUCUAACGAUUGCUAGCAGCUGGUUAAUUGGCCCAGAAUGUUUCGCUAUCAUCGACAACAACUGUUUUUGGCCGAGGUCUCUUGUUUAUUUUUGCAGAGGAAUAAAAGCCAUCGUAGGGGGUAACGGGACCAACAGAAGGGUUUGCAAUGGCCGAGGAGAAGCAUCGCAUGUUAUUCCAAGACCAGGAUCCCGGUCAGGAUCUGCAGAAACAGCGACCCAUGUCCUUGUCGCCAUCGGAACCGCCUACCUACGAUGAUGCAAUGCAAACGUCCGCGAUUCAGGAGAGUUUGAACUACUCCACCGAUCGUCGAAGAACCUUUUUUGCUGAACCCCAACAUCUAAGGUCCAGGGUGGAGGAGAUGCCAUUGCACCAAAUGGAGGUCGAGGUGAGCGUGCAAUCGGAAGGACUAGCAAUGCCACCAGUGAGAAAUUUCUUUAUCCUAAGCCCGCAACCCAAACUGGGUAACCAGGCGAUGGACAUCGUGUGCCCAGCUUGUGGUCAACGGGGAGUCACCCGUUUGAAGAGGUCACCUAAUGCUCGGACCAACCUUUGGGCCAUCUACUUGUGCACUUUAGUUGGUGCUGCUGCGCUUGCUUGUUUCCGUAUCUAUGGAAUGGCUGCCGGACAACGAAUCAUUACUGCUCCGUCUGCGAGAUCUUCCUGGGCGCACAUUAUCCGCGGAGCUGCUGCUGCCGGCGGCUGUAGUCCGGAAAUAUCCAGCAGUAUCGCAGCCGGAAUCCGGCCGCUAAUUGUGAAAGUUUUCCGUGUGUGCGAAUAAAGCUGAGUGGGCGGCACGCGCUUCUGACCACAAGGACUCGGCUCUUAUUCGCUUGUAAUGAGUAACGCAGUGCCGGACGCGGCCGGAAAUUGUGUGACGUCAAAUCGAAUUGCCUACCUAAGCCCAUCGUCCUGCGUCCUUCGUCCUCAAUCCGCAAUCCACAAUCCUUCCACCACCGGCCAUACACCAUUACCAUUGCCAUGCUCUGAACCGCCCUGCCCUGUCGCCCAAAUGAUGCAUAACUGGCCUAAACAAAUUUCCUCAUCAUCACUCCGUUUCGCACAUCCUGCCACCGAGAGCUGGUUGUUGUGGAUGCUGCUCGUUAUUUGAUACC